AUCACGAUAUAUAUAAUUUGAGGGAACCUUCAUUUUCGGUUAGGCGGAAUUUAAAAAUCACCCGCGUACCACAAGAAACAGGGAAGGAAAAAAAAGGUCGCGUUCAGAUCAUCGUUGUUCGAAAUCUGGUCGCCAUCGAUACUUGUGUGAGCUCUGCUCAGUUUGCGUUUAUGAUCACAAACGUGGAGCAAACGAAUCAGCAGACUGAGAGCAAUGUGCAAGUUUUUGUGCGCAUAAGACCUCCUCUUAAUGAAGGCACCGACGUUAACGAAGGACUAGUGAACAUGGUAUCACCGAAUACAAUUAUUCUGUCUGGGCCACGUACGGAGAUGUUCUCAUACGAUCAAGUUGGCAGCCCAGAUACCACGCAGGAUCAGAUGUUCGAAUGGGUAGGAGUGCCAAUUGUGAACAGGUGCAUUCAGGGUUACAAUGGAACAAUAUUUGCAUAUGGGCAAACAGGAAGUGGAAAAACGUAUACCAUGCAAGGCAGAUCUUCACCUAGUUCUGCAAAUGCUCGACACCAAGGUGUGAUACCCAGAAGUCUAAAAUACCUAUUCGAACUCAUCGAAAAGAUGCAGAACGAAAAUCCUGGAUCUCAGUACAUUUGCCGAGGAUCCUACGUUGAAAUUUAUAAUGAAUAUGUCUACGACCUCCUUGAUCCACUUCAAACUCAUCGACCCAUCAGAGAAGAUAUCAAACGUGGAGUAUAUGUUGAUGGAGUCACACAAGAAAUCAUCGCCGAUCAUCACAGCGCCUUGAAGCUAUUCCAAAGAGGAGUCGCCAAUCGCCACGUCAGUGAAACAGCUAUGAACAGAGAAAGUAGUCGAUCGCACGCUGUUUUUACUCUGACGAUACAAAGCAAGAUCUUGAGGGAUGGAACAUUUCACGUCAGGGAAUCCAAACUCAAUAUGGUCGAUUUGGCUGGAUCCGAGCGCCAAAGAGAUACCAAGUCCGAUAAUGCUCGAUUAAAGGAGGCAGCCAACAUCAACAAGAGUUUGUUAUGUCUGGGUGGUGUGAUUAAUGCCCUAUCUGAAAUUGCAAAUGGCACUCAGCGACAUGUGCAUUAUCGGGAUAGCAAGUUGACGUUUUUACUAAGGGAUUCGCUCGGUGGCAAUUCCGUUACCUAUAUAAUUGCUAAUAUUGAUGCCUCACCGAGGGCAUACCAAGAAACUUUAUCCACAUUACGGUUUGCACAAAGGGCGAAAAUGAUAAAAAAUACGGCUAUCGUGAAUCAAAACGUAGAGGAAGAUGUCCUCAGCUUAAAGCAAGAGGUAUCAAAAUUACAGCAGCAGCUACACCAGUUAAAGAACCGACUCAAGAAUAAUUCAAAGGGGAAAGCAGUAUCGGAAGGUAUGAUUAGCGGAGAUCUACAAAUGCAUAUGCAGGCACUCAUUGAUGAGCUUAAAUGACGUCCCUUAGGAGAAAAUCUAUCUUCUGUUCGAACAUUACUGAGGACGGCUUUGGAAAAGCAACAAGAGGCAAUACAAGAUCGAGACAAUUUGAGAGAGCAGAUAGAGCUUGCGGAGGAUUUCCGCCAUCAU